AUGCCAGACAAAUGGUUUCUACAAAUUGAGGCCACCUUUCAGUCGUACAAGACCACAUCUUAUGUCGCUCUUAGAAAGACUGCCGUCAACCCGCCUAAGCCCAUGAAACCCCUCUACUGGACACGCAUAGUUACGCCAGCACCACCCCCUAGGAUUACAACUCCGCAAGCCAGUACUGACUCUAGCGGUAGCUCGCCCGACGAUGUUACCGACUCAGCAGCGCCCAAGGAAAUCUGGCAGGAGAUCGAAGAAACAAAUCUCGAUAACAUCGACGAAUUUACCGAACUCUUCUCACGGCAGGCUGUGGUACCCGUUAGCAAGCCAAAAGAGAAGAAGGUGGUACGUGUGAAGGCUAUAAAAGUGUUGGAUAGUAAGCGUUCUCAGAAUGUCGGCAUUGUGUCGCGUAGUCUACACGUCGACUUCUGUGAGAUCGAACACGCGAUCUACCAUGUGGACACAUCGGUUGUAAGCUUAGAGACAUUACAGCAGAUCAUAAACAUUAAGGCAACAAACGAGGAGUUGGAACUGAUCAAAGAGGCAGCGCAAAGCGACAUACCACUCGAUUAUCCGGAGCAAUUCCUGCUCAAAAUCUCACAGAUCUCAAUGUCUACAGAGCGUAUCUCAUGCAUUGUCUUCCAAGCCGAGUUCGAAGAGGCAGCAACGGUAAUUGCGCGAAAAUUGGAAGUUGUUGCACAGCUUUCGCAGUAUUUGAUUGAGAGCGAAGACCUUAAGCUGAUCUUUGCCAUAAUACUCACACUGGGAAAUUAUAUGAACGGCGGGAAUCGACAGCGAGGGCAAGCGGAUGGUUUCACAUUGGAGAUAUUGGGAAAGCUCAAGGACGUAAAGUCCAAAGAGUCACAGACGACGCUGUUGCAUUUCAUUGUACGAACCUAUAUCAGCAGACGACGCAAGGAAGGAGUGCAGUUGCUAGAGAUGACCCUACCCAUACCCGAACCGUCAGAUGUGGAGCGCGCAGCGCAAGUGGAUUUCGAUGAGGUCAAGCAGCAUAUAAUAGAAUUGCAUAAGAAAUUGAAAGCGAACAAAAAGACAACGGAGCGCGUGGUUCUAGCCUCAACUCCAGGCACUUUGGAACCAUUCAAAUCGAAAAUGGAGGAGUUCAUUGAGAGCGCAACAAAGACAAUCGAUAAACUCUACAAAGACUUGGAUGAGUCGCGAGAGAUGUUCAUCGAAACGAUGCGCUUCUAUCACUACACGCCCAAAUCUCGCGCCUUGGAACAAUGCACGCCCGAUCAGUUCUUUGAGUAUUGGACGAACUUCACCAAUGACUUUAAGGACAUUUGGAAGAAGGAGAUUGCCACGUUGUAUGACGACUUGUUACGCAAGUCGAAGCAAAUUCAGACACAAUCACGCAAAAAUGUUAAAACCACAAAACUGAAGCCAGGCGGCCUUAAGGAACGUAUCCUGCGUUUGAGUAAAAAGUAAAACAAAACUACAGCAGCUCAAUGUAAUGUAAUGCGAAAUAAAAUAUAGAAAUUUUAAUAUAUAUUAUGCAGUUUAUAGCAUUUGUUUGAAAUCGUACGAAAAUGCUUUCAUGCAUAACUUUGUUGCUUUAUAGCGUGUUUUCACUAGCUAAUUGAGUAUUAAAUUUUUUCCAAAUACAAACAAACUUUAGCUUACAAGAAAUGCACACACCAAUCGGAACGUACGUACAUACUUAUACAUACAUACAUACAUACAUACAUACAUACUUAGAAAGUAGCCUUAUAUUAAAUUUAGCAAAUAGACUAAUUUAAGUUUGUAUAUGAAAAAUGAUUAAUUUCCAUUUUUUUAAAUAAACAAGUACAUAACUACAAAUAUUUAUUUUGGAAAUGCUAAAU